AUGGUGCGCGUAAACGUAAGCGAGGGAUUGUUGGAGGGAGAAGUGGUCCAGAACGAGUAUGGGGGCACGUUCUACAGUUUUAAAGGCAUUCCAUAUGCUCAACCGCCGGUUGGAAACCUUCGUUUCAAGGCCCCACAACCAGCAAAACCAUGGGUCGGAGUGCGCGAUGCAAAACAAUUUGGCUCGAAAUGUAUUCAGAUUGAUAUGAUGACAAAAGCGCUACAGGGCAGCGAGGAUUGUUUGUAUCUCAAUGUGUAUACGCCAAAUAAUCAACCGAUUGAGUCCCUUGUCGCCGUCUCUACACCAAUAUUAUUAUCGGAAAAGGAUUCGACCGUCAUGUAUUUAAGUGUAGUAGAAGAAAAAAAUAUCGAUGAAAAUGAAAAAUAUUUUGCUGGAGAUUACGGCUCCGUACACGAUGGAGUCGAAAUAAUGGCUGGAUAUACUUCAGAUGAAGGCCUUAUUACCCUUGGUAGUACAGAAAUCGUCAAAACGAAGUUGGAAAUGGCAAGAAACUACUUGGAACUUUUUUCACCACAGCUUUUAUCGUUUAAUUUAACUCCAAAUCAGAAACUGGAUUUUGGAAGAAAAAUCCGUAAAUAUUAUUUUAAGGACAGCUCCAAUAUUUCGGAUGGUUGGGAACAACUAAGUAACUUCUAUUCUAUAGAUAUGUUUGUGCACGGUGUAGUUAAUUUUGCCAAACUUUGUGCAAAGAAGGAGAAGGUUUAUUUAUAUAAAUUUAGUUGCAAGUCUGAGAGAAAUAUGUUCGCCCAUCUACUAAACCUAACAGAUAUAAUUAAAGAUAAACCAGUGACAUGUCACGCUGACGAUAUAUUCUACUUAUUCAAUGCCAACUUAUUGCCAAAUAAAGUUGACAAGAAAUCUGAUACGUUCCAGCUUAUGGAGAGAGUGAUUAAACUAUGGACCAAUUUUGCAAAAUAUGGAAACCCAACUCCAGAUGAAUCUUUAGGAGUUAAAUGGGCAAAUUACACAGUCGAGAAGCAAGAUUAUUUGGACAUUGGCAAUAAGUUCGUCCCUGGAACUGCACCCAAUGCUGAUGAGGUUAAGUUAUGGGAUGCCAUCUUCGAAGAGAGCGGAUAUAAAUUAUAUUAA